CAACAACAACAACAGCAACAGCAGCAGCAACAGCAGCAUCAGCAGCAACAGCAGCAACAAUCACAACAUCAAAACUAUCUGCCACAAUCCCCUGGGGGAUUCAAUAACCAAUCAAACCCUAGCACCCCCCUCAACAACUGUGCUGACCCCCUCAUGUCCCUUCAAAAGCUUGCGAUGCUUCCAGAUAGCAAAGUUGUUGACCCCAAAAGUGUGGUUCAUAAAGGAGACCACCCUGAUUCAGAGGAAAUGAAAAAUGAGGUGCCAAAAAACUGGGAGCUCUCUGGUGGUGACCUUGGGAAUUAUAUGGGAAGUGAGACAUGUAAUCCUACCACCAGUGUACCAAAUGUAACUCCUUUGCCUAGCAUGCCACUCACAGACACAUUACACAGUCAGAUGUCAUACCAUUCAGAUAUGCAGCAUCAGGGCCAUCAAAGCAAACCAGAAGAUAAUCCUAUUCAGGACCUGCCAAACCUGAACAUGGAUAAUGAGCAACAAAAUGUGCCAUCCACUAACCCCACUGAUAUUUUUGACUUUGAUAGCAAAAGUGAAGAUAUGGAUUCAAGCAAUAUGACUAUGAACACUAAUUCACAUACAGACUUUAUGACUCAAUAUAGUGAGCAUAAUCAGAUGCCAAUGCAGGAUUUUCCUAAUUACCCCCCUCCCCUUCCAGUGCUGGUAGACCCCCAGGCGCCACCCAUCAAAAUACGAAAGAAACCUGGCCCAAAACCAGGUUCAAAACGGAAGAAACCAGAACUAGUGUAUGAUGCACAGGGCAACCUAAUGCCACCUCCACCUAAAAAGUCUCGCAAACGUAAGUCAUCAGGACCCGAAUCUGAAAAGGACAUUCAUAUAAGAACUACCAUAGAUGAUGUGAUUGAACAAGGCCUUGCUGGGGGUCUAACUGAGCCUGAUAUAUCUGAUUACCCUAAAAGACAAUACCUCAAAGACCCUCUCAAUGACCAAAAAGAUCCCCCUGAUAACCUGAAAGACCUCACUUUUAAUGAGGAGGACAUUAAUGCCAUGGGACUCAGUAAAAGCCCAACACUUGAUACGAGCUUCAGUAGUGAGACUUCCAAAACAACUGAGCCAUCUUUUAAUUCAUCAUUAAGUGACUCACAUGCUAUUGAAACCCCAAGCCCUAAACCCACAAGCAGGAAAAACUCCUUAGAAAAUGAUGGCUCAGUAUAUGACAUGGACAAUAUAGAUGAGACACCAUCAUUCACUAGUCUCAAGGAAGGGCACAAGUCUCCAGCUAAGCUAUUGAAUAAUGAAACACCCAAACUUGUGAAUGGUAUUGAACACUCUGAAAGUGAGGGUGACACACCUAAUAAACCUACAGACACUCAAAAGGAGGAUUGCCCACCUGAGCCCGAAGACGAGGACACAAAACAUGAGCAUAAUCUCCCAAAUGGAGAUAUAGUAGAUGAAUUGAACAAUAUUAUAACUGAGAAAACAACUAAAAGGAAAUAUAACCAUGCAAAGUAUUAUGCAAAGACUGAUGAUAAUGUGGAUGGGGAACAUCCUGUUCACUCGCAUUCUUUAAGAGAUCGUAAAAAUGCCCUUGCGUCACGACUCAGUGAUUACGACUAUGAGGAUGAUCUGGAUUCAGACUUUACAGUUAGUCCAACCAAGCGUAAGAAAACAUAUUCCAAAGAUUUCUUACCAAGAUUAUCUAAUUUCAAAGAGGCUUCAAAAGAGGCUUGGGCCGAAAUCAAAGGAGGAACAAAUAUGAAAGUAAAUCAGGUUUUGGAUGUGCUUAUGGUGAAAGAUGAUCCUUCAAAUCAUAAGCCAAAUCCUGGGAAUAUUAAAAAAGAGACAGAAAAUGACACUCUGAAUGAAAAGAAAAUUGUAGAUAAAAAAUUGUACAGUGAUAGCAAUGGGACUGGUAUAGAAAUCAGUAGUUGUACUGAUGAUGAAAAUAUUAAAAGUGAAAAGCCAGAUGAAGAAAGCGAAUCUAUUAAAGACACUUCUACUGCACUGAAAGUCAAUGACAGUGAAAAUAAAGAUAUUAAUGAAGUAGAAAAUAUUUUUAAAAAACCUAAUACCCAAAGUUCUCCCGCACGAAAAAAAGUUUUGAAAGAGACUUAUAGUGCCAAGGGCAAACGAAUCGGCCGUCCACCAGGAAGUAAAACGAACCCGGAGAAUAAAACGAAAAAACCUGCAAGUGCAAAUAAUAAAAAACGAAGGAAAAAGAAAGAAAUGGAUCCAUUUGAGUUGAACACAGACAAUGAGCUCAAUGCACUGAAUUUAGGUAAAACUGUUGAUUUAGUGCAAAGUGGUAAAAAACAUAAGAAAAAGUCAGUUAUUAACCAUCAGGGACCAGUGAUAAGGCCAGAAGGACCAAAAGAGAACCCAACUGGAUAUAAGGUUGUCAACUCCCCCUUGGAAGAGAAUGACCAGGGGAAGAACAAAAAGCAAGCAUCAGUAGCAUUGAACAAAGUACAGGGGCUCAGACUCCAAACAUCAGCCGUUUGCCCAUCUAAAGGUGACUGUGACAAUAACAAACCCUGGGUCUGUGCAUUAUGUGGAAAGGGCAGCAAUCACAAACAUUUAGGUGAUCUUUAUGGGCCAUACAUCCCAGAUGCUAAAGAUGACCCAUUGACUCCCUCCAAGAAGAAAAAUAGCCCUGAAGGAAAGGAUAAAGACUCUUCCCGUAAACGGAGGAAAUCUUCGGCUAAAAGCUGCGAGGCAGAAUUAGGAGAGGUGUGGAUGCAUGAAGACUGCGUUGUGUGGACGCAUGGCGUCUAUCUUGUUGGCUCCAGGAUACAUGGUAUAGAGGAUGCCGUCAAGAUAUCCAGGGAAACGGUGUGCUCUGGGUGCAAGACUGCAGGUGCAACAUUGGGCUGCUAUACUAAAGCAUGUGCGCAGAAGUACCAUUACCUAUGUGCAGUAGAGAAUGAUUGCUUAUUUGAUGAGGAGAAUUACUCGAUGUUCUGCCCAAAACAUAAAGACAAGAAAAUCAAGAUGGUUGGUGAAAAUGUGCCUUCAGUUUAACACAGUGGGUAUAGAACUGAGGAUAAUUCUGUUCAACCGAGGAUGUCUAACAAACAGCAGAGGACAUCUAUAUUAAACACAUCGGGGAUACUCA